UUCGAGUCGACAUUUCAAGUUAAGCAGUAACCAUGAAGAGGCAGUACGAGAAAAAAAUCCUGGAUACACGACUUCAGUACUUCCAAGAGGAACUCAUCCCAGUGGACGUGCUUCCUUACUUGUCUUGCCUACAAAAGGUAGACAAGGAGGCCAUUGAAGCCACGCAGAAAAUCGAGGGUCCAACGAGGGCUAACUCUGUUCUCGUUGAUCGGAUCAAAAGAAGACAUAGAGGCUUUCAGGAUUUUGUUCAAGCGUUGAGAAGAUGCGGAUUCGAACAUACUGCCCUGCUAUUAGACCCUUACUACGAUUAUCCAGUCGAGGCCGCGGAUGAUGAAUCCGCUGACACGGAUGAGUCUGGGGUCGGUUUCAAAAAGAUUGGAACAGCUAUUGAUGUUACGAUUAAAGGAAACCUGAUACCACAGAACAGCCAGGAACCAGCGGAAACCUGCAGCGAAUUGGAGACAUAUUUGGCUGAAAAAUUCAAAACGCCUUCCUCCACUGAAAGCAAGAAAAUGCGCAAGGAGCUGCAAGAGCUUCUUCCAAAGGGUGCUGUGUUUGUAAACACUGCCAAAGGAUCCAUCAUUGCCACUUUUCGAUUGUCAAGUGAAAAAGCUGCCAAGGAACUGUGGGAAAUGUACACCGAAGGAAAAUUUGAAAGCACACUUCAGAAGGUCUUAGUGGAAAACACGUUGAAAGAAGAUCAUAAGGUCCUUGAGAAACCAAUGGAGCUUAAACUCAGCCUUGGAGAAGAUCGGUUUCACCAAAUCCAAAAGAAACUUGCCGAGAUUGAGUCUGAGCAGGAAGUCGCAGGAAAUUUACAGAACAUUUUAACGAGCAAACAAGAAGACAGUGCUGAAGACGAUGGGUCUGUGCCUGACAUAGAAAUUGAUAUCCCUCCAGUGUUCCUGGGAAGUAAUGCCAACUCAUUUGGCCGGUGUGAGUUGGAGCUCAGAGAGUAUCAGAAGGAGUUGGCUGCGCCAGCGAUCGCAGGAAAGAACACCAUCAUUUGCGCGCCCACCAACAGUGGCAAAACUUACGUGGCGAUAGAAAUUGCUAAACAGCAUCUUGAUUCCUUCUCAGCAGAGGCUGAAAUUGCCGCACCAGGCAACACCACUAGGAAAGAACCAAGAGUGGUCUUCAUCGUGAGCACGUUGAACCUCGUUCUGCAGCAAAAGGAGCGAUUUGAGGCCUUCCUCGGAGACAAGUACACUGUGGGUGAAAUUUCUGGAGCCAACGCAACAGAAAUCCCUCUCAAGUAUCUCCUUCAAAACCAAAACAUCGUUGUUAUGACUGCUCAGAUACUUGUCAACGCUCUGAACAAUAGGAAUAAAGAAGAGAGAGUGGAGCUGAGUGACAUCACUCUCCUGCUAUUUGACGAGUGCCACCAUGCAGACAAGGAACAUUCCUAUAACAGGAUCAUGGAAAAGUAUCUUGCCUUGAAAUCCCAGGCUGGAACCCAACACAGCUUACCACAGGUUGUAGGUUUUACCGCCUCUCUCGGUACAGGAAAGGCCCAGAGUGUGGAGAAAGCAGAAAAGCACAUACUUCUUGUUUCUGCUAACUUAGAUGCUGAAGUUAUCUCAACUGUGAAGAAAAAUCAAUCCGAGCUGAAGAUGUACGCAAACGUCCCCGAAAGGGAAAUAGCCUACGUCCAAAAGUCCAACGAGGACCCGUUUGUGAAGAUUGUUUCACAGGUUAUGAGUAAAAUAGAAGCCUUAAUUAAGAGGGUUAAAGGAAAGUCCUUCAAAGCUGGACCCCAAGACAAAGCUGGUCAGCAGUAUCGCCAGUGGGUAGAAGAAUUCUACAAAGACUCUGUCGCUGAUGGAGAGCGGUUUCUUGUGACGUAUGCAGAGCAUCUCCGUGAGUAUCACAUUGCACUGACUAUCAACGCCAGCACCACAAUGAAAAAUGCUAAGAAAAGCUUGAAAAGAUAUUUUGAUUCCUUGGAUGAAGACAAGUUCCUAUCCAUUGAUGAACAGUUAAAGAGUCUCUUCCAGUGUGCGAUGAAAAUACUGGAUAAAUUUAUAGAGGAGAAUGGCGAGCCCGAGAAUCCCUUGUUAAAGCAUCUCAAAGAGCUGAUCUUAAAAAACUACACAGACCUGGACCCUCAGCAAGUAAAAGACCGCAAUGGCAAACUCAGCGAGGAAAAAGAUGGCGGAGCGAAAGAAGCUGGACAAGAAGAAAAUGGAAUAGAGGAGAAGGUUCUCGAAAACGAGAAAGACGCGAGGUCUGGCAAAGAAGCAGAAAGAGGUGGAAGCAAAGAUAGCGAUGAUCAAAACGGAGAUGAGUCAGUAGAUGGCACCAGCAAAGGCCAGGCAGGAGAUAUUGUAUGCAACGGUGAUGCCAGUGUAAUGGGUAAUAGUACAGACGAAGCGGAGAAAGGUGUAACUGAAGAAGACCCCAAGAAAAAGACAGACCAAGAUGAAGACAAAGCCAGCAAUUCAGGAGACACGAUACCAGAAGAAAAAUAUUCUGAUGUUAGGAAUGGUGGCCCAAAAGAAUGGAAAGGUCCAAAAGGCAUCUUGUUCACAAGGACUCGGGAAUCCACAGAAGCCUUGCUAGACUGGAUAAAAGAAACUAAGGAGCUGAACGCUGUUCUCAGGCCCGAGCCGCUGGUUGGGAGUGGAGAUGGCAAUAUUGGCAUGACCCAGAAUGAGCAGGACCGAGUCAUCCAGAGAUUCCACACUGGAGAGAAGAACCUCCUACUUGCAACCAGUGUUGCAGAAGAAGGUUUAGAUAUCAAGGACUGUAAUUAUGUCAUCCGUUACAAUAUGAUGGGCAACGAGAUUUCAACUGUACAGUCACGUGGCCGUGUCAGGGCAGACGAGGGAAAGUACAGCGUGUUAGUGGGCCAAGACUCGGGAGCGUUGAAGAGGGAAAAAACAAGCCAAUUUCGGGAAAGCCUCAUGAUUGAAGCUCUUAGUCAAGUGCAAAGCAUGGAUCCAAAAACAUUUAUGCAACGGGUAAAGGACAUACAACGUAAGAACCUUCAGGAUCGAUUCCUCAAGAAACACGUGAUUGCUACCCUAAAGUCAGAGCAUCUACCAGGGGACGUCACCUUCCGUUGCCGGAAGUGUAACGUUGAGGCAUGUCAAGCCCAUGACAUCCGAACGGUCAAAGAAAGUCACCACGUGGUCAUAAACAGAGACUUUGCGAAAUCCAAGGUUGACAAAAAGAAGCAUCCCAAUCCUAAGAUAAUCGAUGACAUCGAAAUGAACAAGAAGAUCUAUUGCAAAGAGUGCCAUGCAGACUGGGGGGUGACGGCCCUCAUCUCUGGGGUGGAGUGGAUGUGCAUCAAGAUAUGCAGCUUUGUUCUAGAAUUUCCAGAUCCGAAUCCUCGUCGAAAGAUGUUCAAGAAGUGGAAAGAGCUUCCCUUUGGCAUACCAGAGGCGAAUGUUGAUGAGAUUUGCCAACACGCCAAAGAUGCAGUAGAAGAUGAUUUCGAUUUUGAGUUAUCUCUUUAAACAUCUUGACAUAUCUUUGAUUUCUUGCAAUAAUUUUUGAUGAAUGCUGAGAGAGAUUGUAAUUAGUUGCUGAAUGAUUUUAAACUGCUUCGCGGAGCUUUGUUCGGCGAUGUUAGGUGUAAUAAGUGCGGUAGACAGCCGCUCAGGUAAGACCGACUUUACAAAUCUAAAGUUUGGUAGCACAUCGACUUUAGUUGGUAAUGAAUGUGAUAAAGCUAUGAAAAAUACCUUUAGAAGUAAUAUAAUGAUCACCGAGAUUCGCGUAAUAUGAAGAGUCCACUAUUGCCCACGACCAUUUAACCUCUGUCAUAAAUUUCGCCUUGUCAAACAGAAAUAGAUGACCCCAUCCUUGAUAUAAUGCGCCAAAAGUGAGAAGAAGAAAAAAAAAUGCCGUUUUCUUUGUACUAGCCUGGUUCCUGUAUCAACCCAUUGACAAUUCGGUGACUGUGGGCUUUUACAUCCUCUUAAAUUAUUUUGCAGAAUUUGCUGGUAGGCAUUAACCCCGGAAGGUUGUGGACCAUCUUACCAUUUGUAGUCACAAUCUGGUUUAAGAUAAAUCGAAGAUUAAAUGGUAAUUAAGGCU